UUAAAAUGAGGGCGGCCUCGGGGGGUGAGUUUAGCCUCGCCGCCGCCGCCACGUCCAGCUGUUUGUGUUGUCUUCCUCCAAGCCUUGAAGUGCUCGCCUAUUUUCACCUCCCCUGGGCGCCACACAGCCUCCACGAUGGUGUCGGUGAUCAGUAACGUGGAGACGGGCCACGACGACAUGAUCCACGAUGCACAGAUGGACUACUUCGGCACACGGCUCGCCACCUGCUCCUCCGACCGCUCCGUCAAGAUCUUCGAGGUCAAGGGGUCGACGCACACGCUGGUCGCCAACCUUAGGGAGCACGAGGGACCGGUGUGGCAGGUGGCUUGGGCUCACCCUAUGUACGGGAACAUCCUCGCGUCCUGCAGCUACGACCGCAAGGUGAUCAUUUGGCAGGAGGACGGACACAAGUGGAAGAAGAUACACGAACACGCACAGCACGACUCCUCCGUGAACAGUGUGUGCUGGGCGCCGCAUGAACACGGGCUGGUGCUGGCCUGCGCCUCGGCCGACGGAUCUGUGUCCAUCCUCACCUCCACGGCGCACACCUGGGAGUUCAAGAAGAUCACCAACGCCCACUCGAUCGGGUGUAACGCUGUCAGCUGGGCGCCUGCCGUUGCCUCGGGGUCAGCGGAUGGCAGCGGGCGGGCGGGUGCAGCUCCGGUCCAGCGCAUCGUGACCGGCGGCUGCGACACCUACGUCAAGAUCUGGCGGCUGGACGGAACGAGCGGAGAGUGGGUGGAGGAGAGCAAGAUGGAGGGGCAUUCCGACUGGGUGCGGGACGUGGCCUGGGCGCCCUCCAUUGGCCUGCCUCGCUCCAUCAUUGCCUCGUGUUCGCAGGACCGGCGGGUGAUCAUCUGGGUGAACGACGGGGUGACGGGUGUGUGGCAGCCGCGGGAGCUCAACACAUUCGAUGACGUCAUUUGGCACGUGAGCUGGUCCGUCACUGGCAACAUCCUGGCCGUGUCUGGCGGGGACAACAAGGUGAGUCUGUGGAAGGAGAGUCUGGAGGGCCAAUGGGUGUGUCUCAGCGACUCCGCCAAGGGCCAGGCAGCGACGGCAGAGCAGCGGACGCUAUAGACGAAACAAACUCACCGAGGCAUCGUACAUGUAGUUGCCUGCUUGGACGAUGUGUUUAUGAAUGUCAAGUUAAGGAAGAUCUAUAUAAUGAUGAAAUGCUUUUAUUUAUAGUUGAAGGGCAGAGAACCUUGAUCCUGUCCCACUUUCUAUGUAUGAAUAAAUAAGUAAAGUGUUAUAUCAGAAUUUGUACGGUUACUUUUGGGAAUUAGAUGUUGUUUGGUAUGAUGUGUUUACGUGUCAAGUUAGCGAAGGAAGUUAAGGAAGAUUUAUAGUUUAAGGGCAGAGAAUCUUGAUCUUGUCCCACUUUCUUUGUAUGACUAAACAAGUAAUGUAUUGUAUCAGAAUUUGUACGGUUACUUUUGGGAACUAGAUGUUGUUUAUGACUUUUAAAGCAUGAUGUUAAUUUUGGUUUAUUAAGAGGCCAAAAAAGUUUAUGACUGAAUUACAUGAAAUUACUUUUGGUUCAGAGAGGGACAAAGAACCUUCAUCCUGUAUUGUUUUUCUAUAAAUAAAUAACAAGUUUAUAAAUAGAUAAAAUAAGUAAAAUGUUAUAUCAAAAUUUGUAUUAUCAGUCAUCGAAACCAUAUUUUGUUCAUGAUUGAGUAGUGUGUUAUUAUUUUUGGUUUAGUGAGCGACAAAAAGCAUUUAUCCAAUACCUUUUCUGUUGAGUUAGAAAUUUAAAUAUUACAUCAAAAUUCUCACUUUGGGAAGCUAGAUUUUCUUCACAAUUCAAUAACACUACAUUAUUUUUGGUUCAGGGAGGAAGAGAGGAGCUUCAAUCUGUGUUUUCUUCUAUGUAUAAGUUAAAUAUCAUGUUAAAAUUUGUAUAGUCACUUAUUGAAGCCAGAUUUCCCUUACAAUUCAAUAACACAACAUUAUUUUUGGUUCAGGGAGGAAGAGAGGAGCUUCAGUCUGUGUUCUCUUCUUUGUAUAAGUUAAAUAUCAUGUUAAAAUUUGUAUAGUCACUUAUUGAAGCCAGAUUUCCCUUACGAUUCAAUAACACGACAUUACUUUGGGUUCAAGGAGAGACAGACCCUUUAUUCUGUUCCGUAUGCUAUAAAAAUUAGUUAAAUGUAGCUUGAAAAAAAAUUGCGUCACUUAUGGAAGCUAGAUUUUCUUUAUAAUCGAACAACAUGACAUUAUUUUUGGUUCAAGGAGAGACAGACCCUUUAUUCUGUACCGUAUGCUAUAAAAAUUAGUUAAAAGUUGCAUGAAAAAAAAUUGCGUCACUUAUGGAAGCUAGAUUUUCUUUAUAAUCGAACAACAUGACAUAAUUUUGGUUCAAGGAGGGACACAGAGCCUUCAUCCUGUACAAUUUUCUAUGUAUAAGUUGAAUACUGUAAUUUCUGUCACUUUGGGAAGGUAGGUUUUCUUUGCAAGGAGUUAAAAUUACUCAUAAAUUUGUACCUUCCUGAGUUGUGUUCACGCUGAGACUGGGACAUUAUUUAACUACACCGUAUUUUUUGGUAAUAAACCCUAGAAUCAGU